CGCCGGCCGCGGAAGAGGACCCCGUCGCGACCGCGUCCGCUCGGGUCCUUGAGCCGGUGCCGACCGCGGAGCAAUGGCCUUGAGGCUGCUGAGAGUGGUCCCAGCGUCGGCGUCGGCGCAGGGCCUGGCGGUGGUCGCCCAGCGCGUGGGAAGAAUUCAUACAAGUGUACAGUGCAAGCUACGGUAUGGCCCUUUGGCGUACAUACUCGGCGAAAGAACAACCAAAAGAUUCACAGAACGCAGCAAAGUGAUAACUGUAGAUGGCAAUAUAUGUUCUGGAAAAGGCAAGCUCGCGAAAGAAAUAGCAGAGAAAUUAGGCUUAAAGCACUUCCCGGAGGCAGGGGUGCAUUACGCAGACAGCACUACGGGAGAUGGGAGGGCCCUGGACAUAGAGCUCAGUGGCAGCUGCAGCGUGGAGAAGUUCUACGACGACCCGAAGAGUAAUGACGGCAACAGCUACCGCCUGCAGUCCUGGCUGUACGCCAGCCGCCUCCUGCAGUACGCGGACGCCUUGGAGCACCUGCUGAGCACGGGACAAGGUGUUGUAUUGGAGCGCUCCAUCUUCAGCGACUUUGUUUUCUUGGAGGCGAUGUAUAACCAGGGAUUCAUCCGGAAGCAGUGUGUGGACCACUACAACGAGGUGAAGAAGGUCACCAUCAGGGAAUAUCUGCCUCCUCACGUGGUGAUCUACAUCGACACGCCCGUUCCAGAGAUCCAGAGUCGGAUUCAGAAGAAAGGAAAUCCACAUGAAAUGAAGAUCAGCUCCGCCUAUCUGCAGGACAUCGAGAACUCCUAUAAGAAAACCUUCCUGCCGGAGAUGAGUGUGAAAUGUGAGGUUUUACAGUAUAGUGCAGGGGAAGCUCAAGAUGCAGAAAAGGUGGUAGAGGAUAUUGAAUACCUCAAGUACGACAAAGGGCCGUGGCUCGAGCAGGAUGACCGUACUCUUCACCAUCUGCGGAUGCUGGUUCAGAAUAAGCUGGAGGUGCUGAAUUACACAACCAUUCCUAUCUAUGUCCCGGAAGUCACGAUCGGAGCUCACCAGAGUGACCGCGUCUUCCAGAAAUUCAUAGAGCUGCCGGGCCGCAAGUACUGCCCCGGGUACAACGCGGACGUGGGCGACAAGUGGAUCUGGCUGAAGUGACGGGCCGUCCUCCACGGUCUGCAUCCCGAUGGCGAGGACACUUCCCGUCUGCCCCGCUCCUGUGGACUCCGUGCUUUACAGUGUGAGGUUGGAGGAGGUAAACAGCCCGAGAACGGCACCAUGGGAGAAUCGGCCUGGCCGGGAGCAGGCUGCCCUGUAGAGUAGCUGGCGAGGGACGGGGCUUCUUGGCUUAGGAGGCUUUGCGGCCUUCUGGCUUUAUUUGGCAAUGAUCCAUAAUUAUCACUGGGAAGAAAAAUCUGCUAUUAAAAGACCAGAUAUUACUGGAAGAAUUUCGUUUCA